UAUUGAUGUCACCACCUGCCCAAGUCUUUCUCUAUUUGAACCUUGCCAGGAUUCAACUAAGUAACAGCACUUGUUGCACUUGCACUCACCCUACCCAGCGCUAGAAAGAAUGCCUGGAUUAGGGCUGAUGUUAGCCUGCCUUUCAGCGGCUUAGCCCCCACCACGCGUUGAACCUGGUCCAAACAUUCAAUCUACUACUCUUACUUACAUCUUGACAACAUCGAUCAUUGAGCCUCAAAAUGUUGCACAUCCAAAAAUUAUAACUUCAAGUUGUCUAACCUAGGAGACUGGUAAACUAAUUCUGAAGUUAUAUAAACUGUAUGAGAAAUGCAUGAUCCACUUUAUUUUAGGUGAUUUGUUAUCUUGACCUCUGCUGUCCUACAUCUCAACGCGUCUUUUCGCUUUUCACCUUUUUCAUCUUCCUCACUAAAUCAACACCACACCAUCUCCAAGUCAGCCUCCAACCCAACCCACAAUAUCAGCCUCAUAAGCUUCUUAUUUCUCUGAUUACAUAAUAUGGAGACUUUUCUUCGCGAGUGGAGGCAAGAUGCCUUAAACAAGGCACAAUACGAUUCAGCCAUCUUCAUCGGAGAUAAGCUUCUAGCAUUAACGAAUGAUGAUAAUGAUGCCUUUUGGCUUGCACAAGUACACUUCGCCACUGGUAAUUAUACCAGGGCCCAGGCUUUUCUAUCCAAGCAGGACCUCAUCGCCCGCAAUCCGUCCUGUCGCUACUUAGCUGCCCACUGCUUUAUCAAGCAGUCUCGAUUUGAUGAGGCGCUUACUGUGCUUGGUGAGCGGAAUCCCACUCACUUGAUCUCAAAUCCGGCCACCAAGCGCAAAACCCAGCAUACCAGUGGUCGCACCACCGCUUCACAUCAUGGAAGAAGCGCCGCCAAAGCCCAAGACCGAAGAUAUGAAUUAUCAGAGGAAGAGGUGGGCAAUAGGCGCUUCGAGGCCGCCAUGUGUUUUCUGAGAGGUAUCUGCUAUGCUAAGCAGAAUGCUUUUGACCGAGCAAAAGAGUGCUACAAAGAUGCCGUACGCAUCGACGUGCAAUGCUUCGAGGCUUUCCAGCAACUGAUGAAGAACUCACUCAUGUCACCGGAAGAGGAGUGGAAUUUCCUCGAGUCGCUUGAUUUCGAUGCCAUUACCGUCCCAGGAGACUCGUCAUCAUCGCAAGAAGCUGCCGAAUUUACCAAGAUGCUCUAUACUACAAGACUCUCCAAGUAUAGAAACCCGGCGUCUUUUACGACUGCCUGCGAGACUCUAUCUACACAUUACAAUCUCGCCUCAAACCCUGACCUAUUGCUUGCCCGAGCCGAUUUGCUGUAUACCCAAUGUAGAUACAAAGACGCGCUGGCCAUCACCGAAUCUGUUCUGCAACAAGACAAGUACAACUUCAGUAUAUAUCCUUUGCACUUAGCGUGCUUAUUCGAGCUAAAGAUGAAGAAUGUGCUCUUCCUAGUUGCGCACGACCUCGCCGAUACGCACCCCGAGGAGCCGUGCACAUGGCUUGCCGUCGGGAUCUACUACUUCAGCAUCGACAAGAUCGCCGAAGCUCGACGUUACUUCAGCAAAGCCAGUAUGAUGGACCCGCACUUCGGGCCGGCCUGGAUCGGGUUUGCGCACACGUUCGCGGCCGAGGGCGAGCAUGACCAGGCUAUUUCGGCGUACUCGACCGCAGCACGGCUCUUCAUGGGCACGCACCUACCGCAAGUCUUCUUGGGGAUGCAGAACCACGCGCUCAACAACAUGACGCUAGCCGACGAGUUCCUCAAAACGGCGUACGGUCUGUGCAAGACCGACCCACUGCUGCUGAACGAGAUGGGCAUCGUUUACUACCACCAGGAUCGACCCCAGGAUGCGAUCACACUGUUUCUCAAGGCGCUCGAGGUGGCGGAGGAGAUCGACUCCGAGCCCAGCGCCUGGCUCUCGGCGCGCACGAACCUGGCGCACGCGUACCGCCGCGCCCGGCGUUAUGACGAUGCGCUCGAGCAGUUCGACGAGGUCUUGCGACAGGGCGGAAAGGACCCGGCCAUCUUCUCCGCCAAGGGUUUGAUAUACAUGGAGCAGGGAGGCAAGUUCGAGCUCGCGGUGGAGGUCCUCCAUCAGGCGCUAGCCAUCCAUCCCCAGGAUCCCAUUGCGACCGAGCUGCUGAAUAAGGCCCUGGACGAGACCGCUGCCAUCUUGCCCUAAACCCUUGUGUGGUACGAAGACUUAAUGAGGAAUAGGUCGCUUGGUUUUGGGGAAGGGUUUUUGAUAAUGCCUACCUACUAGGUGGCCAAGGUGCCUACUAACCCAGGUAGGUAUGUACUUGUUAAUCAAGGGGAAUUUGCCCAGAUAGUGUAGUGUAGUCUACACGGAUGUACCUAUCCCUAGGGAGGAGCAUGAUGAUUAGUUACGUAUGUAGUACAAUAGUUACCCGACAAAAUAAUUUGGGUCGUAUCUAAAGCUCUCGGCUUCUUGGUUCACCUGAC